CAGCAGCUCGGGGGCCUGGCGGGGCCAGGCGAGGGACCGGCGUGUCCCCGUGUGCCCCGCACACGCCCCGGGAGCCGGCACGCCGGCGGGGCAGUGGCCGCCGCUAACACAAGAAGUGAAGAAACUGUAAUUUCAGUAUUCUAAUCUUAUUCAAAGUUAUUUUUGGCCCUGGGAGGCUGAAUAUUCUCUUCUGGAAUCAUCAUAUGUAGGAGUUGUCUAAGGCUUUGUAAAACUGUUGCCGAAUAGUGGAACAUGGAGACACAGCUGGACCCCAUGAAGGAUGACUUGCCCUUAAUGGCAAACACUAGCUAUAUGCUUGUAAAGCACUAUGUAAUGGACUUGGAUGUGGAUUUUAAAAGUAAAAUUAUUGAAGGCAGCAUAGUUUUAUUCUUUGAGACUGGGAGCCAGUACAGGAAAACCAGCGGUACUGGCAAAGAAUGCUGCCAGUCACAGUUUGAUGAAACCUGUAAAAUGAGGGAAUCGGAACCCUGCCACAUUCCUAUGAUAAAAGUGAGUACCUGUUCAUCUGAACCGGAAUAUAAUGAUUUUGCUGUCAGUGGUAAAGAAGAGGAAGCUACUUCUGAUGAAAAUAGUAACCAUGGUAACAGUGAACAGGCUUCUGGGAUUUCUAGUUCAAAGGACUGCUAUGACAUAGAGAAUCAUGGAAACAAGGAUUUUCUGCUGGUGUUGGAUUGCUGUGAUUUAUCUGUGCUAAAGGUUGAAGAGGUAGAUGUUGCUGCUGUGUCGGGCGUUGAAAAAUUUACAAGGUCUGCCAAGCUAACUGGUGCUUCAAAGGAGCUGGAAAAUCUCAGGAAUCAGAUUAUACAUGAACUUGUGACUUUACCUGCAGAUCGCUGGAAGGAACAGCAAUACUAUUUUACUCAGUGCAGCCGGGCACCUGGCUGUGGGGAGCUUCUGUUUACAACUGGCCCCUGGAGCUUGGAGAUAAGGAAAUCAGGGAUUCGGACUCCAACAGACUUUCCUCAUGCAAUAAGAAUAUGGUACAAAACCAGACCAGAGGGAAGGUCUGUUGCAUGGACUACAGACCAGAGUAGCAGGCCAUGUGUUUAUACAGUGGGAUCACCAAUAAACAACAGAGCCCUUUUCCCAUGCCAAGAACCACCCAUUGCCUUGUCAACAUGGCAAGCCUCAGUCCGUGCAGCUGCAGGCUUUGUUGUGUUAAUGAGUGGUGAAAACUCGGCAGAAYCAGUCCAGCUUCCAGAAGGUGUUUUGAGCUGGUACUACUACGUGUCUAUGCCAAUGCCAGCAUCCACCUUCACUAUUGCUGUGGGUUGCUGGCAGGAAGUUAAGCAGCAGUCCUUCAAAGAAACAGCUGCAAUUGAAACAAGCACCGAGCUUUCCUUGCCRUCAUCGCAAGCUGAUUUCGGAUGGCAUGAAGAAAUCUGCGGUCAUAUGGAAUAUCCCUGCCGUUUCCAGAAUCCUGCUGCCAGGUUACAGGCAGUCAUUCCUUACAGAGUCUUUGCUCCUUUGUGCCUUAUGGAAAGCUGCGAAAAGUGUUUGCUUCAACUAAUUCCUCAGUGUCUCUCAGCUGCUUAUGCCACACUGGGWACCCACCCCUUUUCCAGGCUUGAUGUUUUGAUAGUUCCUUCCAACUUUUCCAGCCUGGGAAUGGCUAGCCCGCACAUCAUCUUUCUAUCACAGAGUGUACUACCAGGAGGAAGCCAUCUCUGUGGAACACGUCUGUGCCAUGAAAUUGCUCAUGCUUGGUUUGGACUGGCCAUUGGUGCUCGUGACUGGACUGAAGAGUGGAUAAGUGAAGGUUUUGCCACUUUUUUAGAAGAUGUAUUCUGGGCUAGGGCACAACAGCAGCUGUCACAUGGUGAAAUAAAAGGGCAACAGGAAUUGAAAGCUUUACUUCGCUGGCGCAGACUCAGAGAUGAGGUGCAAAACUCUGAAGAAGAGCUGCAAGUUUUAAGGCCCAAAAGGGAGAACACAGGAGAAUCCAGUGAGUCAGGAGCCUCUGUUGUCAAAUACGGUCUUAAAGCAGAAAAAAUCUUCAUGCAGGUUCACUAUUUGAAGGGUUAUUUUCUUUUACGGUCUCUGGCAAGGACAAUAGGAGAGGCCUCAUACCUUGCAUCUUUACGGAAAUUUGUCCUUAAAUUCCAUGGGCAGCUCGUCCUUUCUCAGGAUUUUCUUAGCAUGCUGUUGGAAGACGUCCCUGAACAAAAAGGGUGUGGGUUGACUGUAGAAAGCAUCUUCCAGAACUGGCUUGACACUUCUGGAAUACCAAAGCCCCUGCUGGAGGAGGSAGAGACGUGGAAGGAGUGUCAGCUCGUCCACCAAGUGAGCGGCGAGGUCACAAAAUGGAUUCAGACAAACAAGAGGAUCAGAAAAAGCAGCAAAAAGAAAAUGAAGCAGGAUGAAGUAGUUUUCCAGAAGCUUCUCCCUGACCAGCUGGUCUUACUUCUGGAGUUGCUUUUGGAGGAGAAGACGCUGUGUCCUAGAAUACUGCAGUGCUUGGAGAAAACAUACCAGCUCCGGGAGCAAGAUGCUGAGGUUCGUCAUCGGUGGUGUGAACUUGUCAUUAAACACAAAUACGAGCCUGGGUAUGGAGAUGUUGAGAGAUUCCUCAGAGAGGAUCAGGCUAUGGGUGUGUAUCUCUAUGGAGAAUUAAUGGUGAAUGAAGAUGCAAAACAACAGGAACUUGCACGGAAAUGCUUUGCUGCAGCACAAGAACAUAUGGAUGCAUCCUCAGCCAAAGUGGUGGCAGAGAUGUUAUUCUGAAGAGGAAAUGGUGGCAGCUCCAGUCGGAAACAACUUACAGCUGCUGCUGUUGUUCCAGGCUGUUGAUGGACCCGUCCUCCGGUGCCUACUGAGCUGAUAUCAGUUCUGAUUUUACACACUGGCUCAGUUCAGCAGGAACAGGAGUCGAGCCCUAGAGCAAAAAAAAAGAUGUACCUUUCCUAAGAGCCUUUGAGAAAUGUUGCUGUUUUCUCUCAAAAAUGAAUCAGUGCACAUUAUGAUGUCCUGAUGUUAAAUAAAUGGCCUAAAGUGGAAAAGCUACCUCAGUACUGUUAAGAGGACUGUUGGCUAAAGAUGAGAAGGUAUGUGGAUAUGUAGCAMAUCACAUGGUAUUGCUCUGGUAACUUGCCUCCAACAUUAUUUUCAGAGUAACCUGCUAAUAACCGACAGAAUGUGCUUCCACUGUGGAUCUUCCCUGUCUUYUCCAGACCUUGUUAUGGUAGCUCUAGGAAGCUAAAGAAAUCAUUGUUAACUCUGUAACUUCAGUUACACUCAGCUGGCAACCUAAAAAUAACAAUUUGGAAAGCUGGGGCAAUCAAGAAAGCACAGAUAUUCCUUUAUUGUGACAGAGUAAUAACUUUAAAUGCUGUUUCCGUUGCAGGAAAGAUCACAGAGAAACUCUUUUAAUAGAUCUUCUACUAUACCCCGAUGGUGCUAGGAUUUCAUUGACCCAGGACAUCAAAGGAAGGAUUAUGUGACUGCUAAAACAAUCAGCUGACAGAAAUAUUUACCUUUCUGUAUUUCUAGAGGCUCACUGUAACUGAGAACACAAGCACACAACACAAACAACACRUACACAUAUGACUCCUGCCUCAGGUAAUUCUUUGAUGCAAGAAGUUUGGGGUUUAUCCUUGUUGUUUGGUAUUACAAUAAUUCCAUUUUGCAGAUGCCAAAGACCCUUGACUUAAACAACUUUACUAAUUUGGGCAUUCUGAAAAUUGUUGAAACUGCAAUGUGUAUUAUUUUGUUUGUAACUUCUAUGUCAUAUUAAAAAAAAAAAAACCUCAAUAUAAAAUCAGCCGGGGCUGGGGUGGAGCUCAUGAUGUUUGACAGAAGCAGAAAUAAACUGUGGAAGGAUACCUGCCAUCAUCCUGGUCUUGGUAUGGGACUGAAGAAAAAACAAAAAUCAGAAUUCUUUCUCUGUCAUGUUUACAUUAAUUUUUACCAGAAAUGUCAGACCUUUCAUUUUCUGAAACUGUCUUUCAUACCCUUGUGAUGCUCCUUUUGCACAGAGCUAUGUCAAGUGCAUUUCUUCUUUCUUGAUCAGUGAAGCACUACAUUUCUAGAAGAUAUUUUCAUUGUUUCUUUCAGAGAGUAAGAAUUUAAAACACAAAAAUCUGUGAAUUUACUUCCCUUGUACGCUGCUGUUUUACAUCAAAUCCUCUUGUAAAAAUAAAUAUUUUUUUCAAAUACA